GCACACGCGCCUCUCUCUCUCUUGAGGAAACUCAGUCGUAGGUCGUUGCUCGAUUAUAGAGUCAUGGCUUCUCGAAGAUAUGUAUCAUUGGCAGCGAUCCUAAUUCUUUGUUUAGUUGUAUCAUCCAUUGUUGUCACGGCCGCCGCUACCAUCGCACGGGAUCCGAAAAUAUCUAGGUAUGACAGUUACAACUUGGAUAAGGGACCGGUACUCUACGAGGCAUACUAUCCAGAUGCUCAUGAUGCUUAUCAGGAAAAACGCAACUUGGACGAAAAUCGGAAAGUGCUGGAAACGAGUUUUCAGGUGCCUUUCGAACGUUUCGCAUAUUCGGCUGAAAUCGCGGAUCGCCCUGUCUCCGUAAUCUUCGACAAUAAAAAUGUGAAUAUUGAGGAAAUUUCCAAGCUUGUUAGAAGAGCCAUUUCUCGAGAUCUGGAAAACUGGAACAUUCUUGAAAGCUAUUUGGAUCACGUAUCUAUCGAUCAAAACUUGCCGAUGCAGCAGAUGGUGUAUGCUAGAGAAAACCGCGAAAAUAAGGAAGACAAUAGUUAUCCGUUUCAAGAUCGUCGACGAGCUUUCGAUCUUUCGAGACAGCCAAAUUUCGAGAUAUUACGAAAAUUGGAAACGCGUGAUGUAAAACAGCGUCCUAAUUAUUUCGAGGAAAUCGAUGCGGAGAGAAAUACGAUGACGAAAAAAAUAAACGACAUGGAAGCUGCCGAUGCGCCGUCGAUCGACGUCGCUUCCGACUCAUUACUUCCAGAGAACAUUUUUCAACCACGGCCUCAAAUAAUUAGAUACACCUUCUUUAAGAAACCUACGUCGCACCUCGAUCAACAAAUUAAGAAGGUAAUAGACAAUUCUACGCCAAGGAAUUAUGGUGACAAUCUUAUACGCCAAGAGAUCGCUGAAAAAAACAGCCGAGUAGAAGGAAAUAACGUCAAAGUAACGUCUAUCGAAGUAAGUGAAUUGCCGCGACAUAAAACGCGUCAUCAUCACGGUGAAUGGCCUAAACGAGAUUACUCUACUCAUCGUCGUCAGAUAGAGGAAAAAAAAAGUAAAGAUGCUUGAACAAAAAAUUUUUCGAACGAAAGAAAAGUAAUUAAUAAAAUUGCUUCCGUGUGCGAUAAUAAUAUAUUAUGUAGUAGUAUGUGAUGGAUUAUAUUUAAACCGUUUCCAUUAUAUUACCGCGAAUAAUAUUGACAAAUUGUGCUAUUUCAAACUAUUUAUUGAAUAUAUAUACCAUUGAGAGAAUAUAUGCAUAUGUAACAUCAAAUAUUUUCUGUAAUAGCGUAUCUACAAUAAAAUGUAUUCUCCGCGA